AUGGGUUCUGUGCAGCAGCUUUUCAGCCUGGAGGGCAAGACGGCUCUCGUCACUGGAGGAACGAGGGGUAUUGGGCAGGCGAUGGCUGUCGCUUUGGCAGAGGCUGGUGCAGAUGUGUUGCUUGUGCAGAGGAAUGACUCCAACCAAGAAACGAAGCAAGCGAUCGAGAAGCUGGGCAGGAAAGCCCAAAUAUACACAGCAGACCUCGCCGACAACGCAUCGAUGAAAGCCUUGACACCCAAGGUCCUCGAAGACGGCCACCAAAUCCACAUCCUGCUCAACUGCGGCGGUAUCCAGAAACGACACCCAGCCCACCAAUUCCCAGACGAGGACUGGAACGAAGUGCUCCAAGUCAACCUGAACGCCGUCUUCACCCUCUGCAGAGACGUCGGCGCACACAUGCUGUCCCGCGACGCAGACCACUACGGCAGACGAGGCAGCAUCAUCAACAUCGGCAGCCUCCUCACAUUCCAAGGUGGGAUCAAUGUGCCUGCCUACGCAGCGUCGAAGGGCGGUGUUGGCCAGCUUACCAAAGCUCUUUCCAACCAGUGGGCCGAUAAGGGUAUUACUGUGAAUGGCAUUGCGCCGGGGUACAUUGCUACAGAGAUGAAUACUGCGUUGAUUCAGGAUGAACAGAGGGCGGCUUCGAUUUUAGAGCGGAUACCGGCGGGUCGAUGGGGUUCGCCGGAGGACUUCAAGGGGAGUGUUGUGUUCCUGGCGAGUCGGGCCAGUGCGUAUGUCAGUGGAGAGAUUCUCACUGUGGAUGGUGGAUGGAUGGGCAGAUGA